AUGGUCAACAUGCACGACGCCAACUUUGAAUCCAUCAGGAAGCUCGGCCUCAAUGGCUCCAUAGAGUACGCGAAUGGAGGCUUCGAAAGCAGCGUCAAGAUUCGCACCAUAUGUUGCGUCGGCGCUGGGUACGUUGGCGGACCGACGGCGGCCAUCAUUGCCUUCCAGAAUCCCCAGAUCAAGGUGACGGUCGUCGACAGAGAUGUGACGCGGAUCCGACGCUGGAACUCGCGCCACCCGCCCAUCUACGAACCCGGCCUCCAUGACAUCAUCCGCAUCGCCCGUGAUGGCGGCCGCGACACGUCCAUCUCCAACGAGCCCAUCUCGGACAACGAGGACUCUUCCGUCGAAAACGACAGCCGGACGCCGGUGCCGAGCCGACCCGGAAACCUCUUCUUCACCACGGACGUGGCCAACGGCAUUGCCGGUGCCGACCUCGUCCUCGUGGCCGUCAACACGCCCACCAAGGAGCGCGGCGUCGGCGCCGGAAGCGCCACCGACAUGGGCGCCUUCGAGGCCGUCACCGGCGUCGUUGCCCAGCACGCCCGCGAGGGCGCCAUCAUCGUCGAGAAGAGCACGGUCCCGUGCCGCACGGCGGCCUUGGUGGCCGACACGCUCUCCAUGCACCGGCCCGGCGUCCACUUCGAGAUCCUCUCCAACCCCGAGUUCCUGGCCGCCGGCACCGCCGUCAACGACCUGCUCUACCCCGACCGCAUCCUCAUCGGCUCGGCCCCGACGCCUUCGGGGAAGAUUGCCGCCGAGGCCUUGGUCGCCGUCUACGCCGCCUGGGUCCCCCGCGAGCGCAUCCUGACCACCAACGUCUGGUCCUCGGAGCUUGCCAAGCUCGUCGCCAACUCGAUGCUCGCCCAGCGCAUCUCCAGCAUCAACUCCAUCUCGGCCGUCUGCGAGCAGACCGGCGCCGACGUCGACGAGGUGGCGAGCGCCAUCGGCGUCGAUCCCCGCAUCGGCAACAAGUUCCUCAUGGCCGGCAUCGGCUUCGGCGGCAGCUGCUUCAAAAAGGACGUCCUCAACCUCGUCUACCUCGCCGACACCAUGGGCCUGCCCGAGGUGGGCGAGUACUGGCGCCAGGUGGUCAAGAUGAACGACUACGCCCGCGACCGCUUCACGAACCGCGUCAUCAAGUGCCUCAACAACACCCUCGUCGGCAAGAAGGUGACCAUCCUCGGCUUCGCCUUCAAGAAGAACACGUCCGACACGCGCGAGGCGCCCGCGCUCGAGAUGAUCCGGACCCUGCUCGAGGAGCGCCCGAGGGAGGUCGCCGUCUUCGACCCCUGCUGCAACCCCUUCGUCAUCAAGGAGGAGAUCAGGGCCUUGAUCGGCGACCUCGACAGCCGGAACGUGCACGUCUACGACAACGGCUACGACGCCUGCGCCGGCAGCACCGCCGUCGUCAUCGCCACCGAGUUUGACGAGUUCCGAAACCAACCGGCGGCCAAGCCGGCGGCCAAGCCGUCGUCGCAGAAAGCCUCCAAGAUGCUCGGCCGCAAGCCCAACCCCCGAUCGGACCCGCGACCGUUCAAGCAAAAGGACAGGCCGACGGAGAACGAGCUGCUCGCGCUCCACAAGCACCUCGUCCAGCGUCCCGGCGAGGUUGGUAGCGACCCGCUGGAGCGCUUCACGAAGGAGCCGUCGUGCGACGACAAGUGCCCCGACUGCAUCCAGGAGCGCGAGAGCCUGCAGAGCUGGCACGCGACCGGCAUGAGCAGCGCCGAGGAGUACAAACCAAAGGCACGCCUCGACUGGGAGCGCAUCGCCGACGCCAUGGCGAAGCCGCGCUGGGUCUUUGACGGCCGCGGCGUCAUCGACGCACGCGAGAUGGAGACGCUGGGCGUGAGGGUGGAGAGCGUCGGCCGCCAGCACCGCUUCUGA